AUGGUCCGAGACUCCGUCGCCAAACGGGGCGGACUGGUCUGGGAGAGCCGCAUGUGGCUAGAAAUCCUCGAAGCGAAGGCCAUCGACAUCUACAUCGGCAAGUCCCUUGUCUCCGUAACCCAGACGAACGGAGUGAGACAGGGUAGUCCGGACAGCGCGGUGCUCUACUCGGCGUCGAUAGGUGAGACCCUCCAAGACCUCCACGACAACGUGCCACUGGGCGAAGCGGGGCGAGCAGACCUUGCAAAGUGCCCCUCCCAAGGGGCGGGGUACAUGGACGACACAUACCUGUGGUCAGAGAACGCCAAAGCAAUGCAGAGAGCCAUCACCUACCUCGAGGGGAAGUUGGGGAAAAAGGGCAAUGUGGUCAAUGUCGUCAAGACACAGAUCCUCUGCAGCGAGCCGGAUGACACUGAGUUUCGCGUCGGAGGUCAAAAAGUGAAAGCAGGCGGGGCGACAGACAUCAUGAACGCGCUGGGGUCGCCUCUGACCUUUGAGAAGAGCGGCGCGCGCCUUCCAUGCGCGCCGCAGACUGCUCUGCGCGAGAACUCCGCUCGAGAACCGCAUGAAAAUGCUGACCACCUUGGUCAGAAACUCUGCGACUGCGCCACCUGGCCCAACAACGCUGCCCUCCUUCGUGCGGCCAAUGCGUGCCAACUCGGAUGUGUGCGCGCCAUGAUCGGCACCAAGCGGGGCGCUACAGAAUCAUGGGCGGAAUGGCAGGUGCGCACGAUGAGAAUGGCAAGGGUGGCCCUCUUCAACAGCAGACAGGAGCGAUGGUUUACAUAUGCGCUUCGACAAAUGUGGAAGCUACAUGGACAUGCUGCCAGACACCCGGGGCCCACCAAAGACUUGCUCCUUUGGCGCAACCUGAAGUGGUGGAAAGAGGUUGCCGAGCCAGCGGGGUGCAAGCAUGGCGGCCGAUUCAACAGCUCCGUCGACAUAGAGCGGAGCAUCUCCCGCAUCGGGGGAUACGACUGGGUGGACCUAGCACAAGACCGCGACCAGUGGCAAGCCCUCCAGGAAAGCUUUGUGGAAGAGUUUGAUCUUCCCUGGGCCAGUGGAAGGCAACCUGCCAUCGCCAACCUGACUCAGAUCCGCAGCUUCACGCCGAAGUCACGGCCCAAGCCCACAGCAGCACUCACGGACAGCGUUGUGAGCGGGCGAAUGACCCCUGGGAUCCCUGCCGGGGCGAGUGCCAGCGACAGCCAGAGCUCGUCCGCCAGCGCCAAAAGCUGA